AUGUCUAGCGACGAUGUCUUCGACGAGGAUAUGGAUGACAUCAGUCUUCAAAACAAAGAAUGGAGCUCCAAUAUGGAAAAGCGCACCAAGGACGGUUUCAGAGAUGGAGUUGACGCGGGGAAAGAGGCGUCACUUCAGGUCGGCUUCAACUUGGGCUACAGAGAAGGCGCUAUCAAAAUUAAAGCCGUCGGUCAGCUCAAAGGAAUAAUUAGUGCUGUACAGUGCUGGACUCAGUCCAGGGCGUCUGGCAGCGCCGCCCUGUCCUCUGUCACAGAGCUGCUCCGGCGGGUGGAGCGGCACGAAGAGGACCUGCUAGAGGCCAUGAGGAGAGUUCAGGAACAGCCUCCCGUCAGCAUGUCGGAGGUGGUGGGAGACCUGGAGGAGCUGUUUGUAGGUCGGAGGGACCAGGGUGGAAGCUUUGGCUGCUGCCAGGGAGAUCAUGCAAGUAGCAACCAUUGUGGCAGAGAUGAAGAGAGCCGGAGCAGCUUGCAGGCUGAGGAUGCAGCGGAAGGCUUGCCCGGAAUUCACUCCCAGGGUUCGCUCCUAAUGAGAGACAGUCUGGAGCAAUUACUCCACAGCUGUACAGUGCUGCUGACUGAAAUGGGGCUUCCUGAAGAGCUGACGCAUCAUGUCCAGCAGCUCAUAUAUGUGUGA